ACUGCCGGUCUCAAGUACUCACACAAUGGCAGCGCACCCUUCUCAGGGAAUACAGACACUAUUAGAGGCAGAGAAAGAAGCAGCCAAGAUCGUACAACAAGCACGCCAAUACCGCGUUCAGAGAUUGAAGGAUGGACGUUCAGAAGCGACUAGAGAGAUCGAAGUGUACAGACGGGCAAAAGAAGACGAGUUCAAGGCAUUUGAGGCAUCGUAUGCUGGCAGCAUCUCCAAUGCCGAAGUCGCCGUCGAGAAAGAGACCGAUGUCAAACUCCAGUCGAUCACAGAAACGUUCGAAGCUCAGAAGGACCAGGUCCUGCGAAAGCUCCUCGAUCGCGUCGUCCUCAUCAAACCAGAGCUACAUCGGAAUCUCAAGAAGGGCUCACUGAGAGGACCGGAGGAACAGUAGUGCAAUGACAGUCGACCCGUGUACGCACGCGCACACACUCGCCAGGACGGAUUAUAGGUACUAUAUUACAUCUUGCUUUUGACUGCGAUACGAUGACAAAGCGAAUGCAUGACAAACUCCUGCUAUGUAAAA